GAUUGCCCUAUUCAAUGAAGCAAGCUGGAUUUCCCUUGGGAAUACUGCUUCUAUCCUGGGUCUCCUACAUUACAGACUUUUCCCUAGUUUUGUUGAUAAAAGGAGGUGCCCUCUCUGGAACAGACUCCUACCAGUCCUUAGUUAACAAGACCUUCGGCUUUCCAGGGUACAUGCUGCUCUCUGCCCUACAAUUUAUGUACCCUUUCAUAGCUAUGAUAAGUUACAACAUAAUAACUGGAGAUACUUUGAGCAAAGUUUUUCAAAGGAUCCCAGGAGUUGAUCCUGGAAAUUUCUUUAUUAGUCGACACUUCAUUAUUGUGGUUUCAACGGUCACAGUUACUCUGCCUUUGUCAUUGUACCGAGAUAUAGCAAAGCUUGGAAAGAUCUCUUUCAUUUCUACAAUUUUGACAACUGUAAUUCUUGGCAUUGUAAUGACAAGGGCAGUUUCCUUGGGGCCAAACAUACCGAAGACAGAUGAUGCUUGGGUAUUUGCAAAGCCCAAUGCCAUCCAGGCUGUUGGAGUGAUGUCUUUUGCAUUCAUUUGCCACCAUAACUGCUUUCUGGUCUAUGGUUCUUUGAAAGAGCCCACCAUAGCUAAGUGGUGCUGGAUCAUCCACACAUCCAUCCUGGUUUCUGUGUUAAUCUGUGUGGUCUUUGCUACAUGCGGGUACUUGACCUUUACUGGCUUCACUCAAGGGGACUUAUUUGAAAAUUACUGCAGAAGUGAUGACCUGGUGACCUUUGGGAGGUUUUGUUAUGGCGUCACUGUCAUUUUGACAUACCCGAUUGAAUGCUUUGUGACCAGAGAUGUAAUUGCCAAUGUGUUUUUUGGUGGGAAUCUUUCAUCAGCAUUCCACAUCAUCUUAACAGCGGUUAUCAUUACUGCAGCCAUGCUGGUAUCAUUGCUGAUUGAUUGCCUUGGAAAAGUUUUAGAACUCAACGGUGUGCUCUGUGCUGCUCCUUUGAUUUUUAUCAUCCCCUCAGCAUGUUAUCUGAAAUUAUCCGAAGAACCAAGGACACACUCGGAUAAGAUAAUGGCAUGUGUCAUGCUUCCGGUUGGUGCUGUGGUGAUGGUAGCGGGAUUUGUCAUGGCUGUCACAAAUCCUCAGGACUGCACCCACGGGCAGGAACUGUUCUACUGUUUUCCUGACAAUAUCUCCCUCACAAACAUCUCCCGUUCCCCCUUUCAACUGACAUCACAACCUUCCCUUUGGAACCUCAGCGUCUUCCAGUGAGCUGGCUGCUUUAAGCA